UGCCACGUCCCCUGGCGCCAGCAACGAUGGCCUCACGAAGCAACAAUUGGAACUCAUUCAACAGAUCAUGCAGCAAACGCAGCAGCAGCAACAGCAACAACAGCAGCAGACAUCCGCGCAACAGCCACAGCAACAACGAAACAAUUCGUCGACCACAGUCACAGCGCAGAUACAGAAAACGCAAAAACCGUCCGUCAAGUCCACGACCUCGUCUGGCAACGUUUCGAAUAACUCUGGGAAUUCGAGUGCGACCAACAACGCGAGAUCCAGCCCGAAGCCCAAAGUCUGGAGCCACGUGCAGCAACAACAGCAGCAAGCGCAACAGCAAGCUCAGCAACAGCAGCAACAGCAGCCGCAACAACAGCAUCAGCAGCAACAGCCGCAGGCUAAUUCGCCAGGGGGCGGCACAAUGGGGAAAAGUAGCCCAUCGCCGGGGAAUUCGGCGUCCCCUGGCACCGUGACGGCGUCCAACAAGUCGCAGACCGAGCCAAAACCGGUCGAGUGCAAUUUGUGCCAUCGGAAAUUCAAAAAUAUACCGGCACUCAAUGGCCACAUGAGACUCCACGGCGGUUACUUCAAGAAGGAUGCUGAGAACAAGAAAAGCGAGAAGAAAGAGGUGGUCGGGCCGCCUUUACAAACCGCGUCUGUCAGCGUGAGGGCGCUUAUCGAGGAGAAGAUUAUACAGAAAAGAACGACUGCAGCAGAUACGAGCACGAAUCAGCAGGCUCGCGCGAACGCAACGGUUUUUACCACCCAAGCUGACAGCGCGUCGCAGAUUUCCGGUAAAACGAGCUUCGCGGUGCCAGCACCGCCUCCACUCGCCUCCGCGGAGAAGGUCCGCAGACUUUCGGAUGGCGAACACUUCCGGCAGCCGAAUGUCACCGUUUCCGGACACGCGACCGUGCAGAAGCAGCUACAAGAAGCGCAGACACAGGCUCAGGCGCAGGCGCUGGCCGACAUGAUCCUGAAGGGCACCACCAAAAUGGCUGUGAAGAGAACGACUUCCGAUCCCGGGCAACGAUUGCAUCUGACGUAUCAGACGUCGGUUCAAUCGACGACCAAUCAACAGCAGCAGCAACAGCAACAACAGCAGCAACAGCAGCAGCAGCAGCAGGCACAGCAGCAACAGCAACAGCAGCAGCAGCAACAGCAACAACAGCAACAAAAUAAUCAACCUCAAGCUCAGUCUGCGGUUACAGACAGUUUUUCAAUGACGGGUUACUCUGAGGACGGUGGUUACUUUAGCCCGAGUCUUCAAGAUGAGGUGUUCCAACAGGUCACCGCAGUUCCCGAUAGCGUUCUGCUUCACGCUACUCAAUUGGAUUCUCUUCAGUUUCAGACAGCGAGCCUACUGCAAGAACAGCCAGCCGAGCAAUUGCAGGACAUCACCCUGGAAGACCGAUAUCCAUCUCAACACACGGUUAACCCAGACCUGCAAGCGCUGGUCAAUUCCCCAUUACCGGACUCGCUAGCCGAGUUCAGUACCUACGGUGCCCAAUACACGGAGAGUCCGCACACCUUGCCAACUCAGUCUCCGUUGUCGUCGCCACUGACGAGACACGACAGCCCAAGCUUCACAUAUCCAACGCCGCCAGCCAGCCAGGAGGGUCUGCUAACCGGAAGCUUCCCACUGUUGAGUCCUCAGGAGGAUCCAGAAAGCGUGAGACAGGUCUCGUCGCCUCUGUCAGCGGCUUUCUACGCGACCCCGAUGUCCUCCGCGGCAGCGGUGGAGGAAGCUCUGAGCGAAGUAUUGCCAGGCGAAUCCGAGGCAGACGCCGACCUGUACGGGUCCGGUUCGCCGAAUCCGCACUCGCCACUGCCAAGCCCAUUGUCGGCGACUCCAGCACCAUCGCCGCUGUCCUCGUUGCCACCGUCAUCGGUCUCGUCGCCGGGGCCAGUGUCGUUCACUGGCGCCAGCUUCCCCGUGUCCCCGCAUCACGCGCUCCAAAAUCAAAUGAUGCCAAACUCGGAGGACCCGCUGCUCUCGUCCACGCCGAAGGACUUCACGACAGCCAGUCGCAGACGGUUCGAGUUUCAAUCGUACAAGUUCAUCACCAGCCAGAACUUGGUCGACUUUGGACUGGGCAACGGUAGCCUGGCUGGCAUCGUAGUGGACAACAACGGGGAGUUCAAGCUCAUCCAGACAGCCGGGCUGCAAAAGACGAACGUGCUGGUGCAGACGGGCUCCGUGAGCCCGGCACUGACAUUCAAGAAGGAGAUGCGGCUGGCCACACCGAAGGUGGAGCCUGUCACCGUGAACCUCGGCCUAAACGUACAGACGAAUCAUCAGUACAACGCUGGCCAGUUCAAUCAGCAGCAAGUGGUCAACCCGACCAAGUUUCUCAUACAGACGAACGUGGCCAAGAGCAACAUGAGACAGAAGACGAUCAGCGGGAGCUUGCCUAUCCCGGUGGAGCAGAUCAAGGAGGAGCUCCUCGACGAGGAUGUAUUCCUCAAUCCUAGCAACGUGCCGGCUGGCAGCCCUGUCAGACAGUGCAGAAAGAGGCCUCGCAUGGACGGUGGAUUGUACGCGAACGCGUCGCACUCGUACCCGUCGAGAUUGAGGAAGGCCUGUGACCGACACUGGGACAGUAGCUACACACCUCCGCCGAUUUUGGACCCUUCCAGACCUGGGCCAGGGCUGUACGCGAGGCUGCAUCAGUACGAGAGGGAUUCUGAUUUUAGCUCGGACGAUUCGCAAGGGAACGACGGACCACCGCCGAGGAUCAACAUCGGGACGAGGUACCAGGCAACGAUACCUCCGAUCGGCAGCGACGGAGAUAGAGGAAAAGGCGAGCCCGAGGCUGAUCAUCUGCUCUGGGAUCCUGGUAUAAAUAACCUGCUGACGGAUAACGAACUGGAAAUGUACCUACAAUUUGCAUGCUGCGCCGCGGUACCAGGUGGAGGAAGGAACAAAGAAUACGCGCUUCAUCUGCUGCACAUGUGCAAAGGAAACAUUCAUGAAGCAAUGCUGAAGCUGAUGAGACCAACGCCUCCGUUGCCAGCGGAACAUCCGCUGCUGAGUUACGAGUGCCACGAAUCUGACCGGUGGACGUCGCAGGAAAUGGACGCAUUCUAUCAGGGCCUGUUGAAGUACAACAAGGACUUCUCAGCGAUCUCGCGAGACGUCGGCGGCAAGUCCGCGAAACAGUGCGUGCAAUUCUAUUAUCUGUGGAAGAGGCUCUGCCCGGACGAGUACAGGCGACUGCGUGUCCGUCACGGUAAACCAAAGAUUAAGACAGAGAGCAAGGAUUGCAAGGACACUAGGGAGCUCCGCGACGCCAUCGCGUCGGUCACUGAAAUGGACUUCAGCGAGGACAAAUCGAUUCUUCAUCGCACUCUGUUACAGACAAACGAGAGAGAGAACUCGGCCACUCUAACCACCAGCGACGGAGAGCUGAGAUUAUUCGCAUACGACUGCCCCGAUAGCUUUAGCGGAAGUGUAACAGUAACGAUGGCCGGGAGCACCCAAACCGCCCAAACCGGCAAUACCGGCCACGCCACAGUCAACACCAACUCACAAACUCACACUAGUUCUGAGCAACAACUACCCGUGCCCACCCCACUUCACUACCCCUGCAAGAUUUGCGGGAAAGUUUUCAACAAAGUGAAAAGCAGAAGCGCGCACAUGAAAUCCCACAGGCCGGUACCCUCGCCCGAUUCAACGGGACAGGAAUCUAAGAGGCCCGUUCAACAGCAAUCGAAGGUGCAGCAGUCUCAACAAUCCAACCAGCAGCAGCAACAACCACCACCACAACAACAACAAUCGCAGCAGCAGCAGCAGCAGCAGCAACAACAACAACAACAACAACAACAACAGUCGAACAGCGUUUCAUCGCAGGUCCAAGACUUCAAUCAGCAGCAAUUGCCUCCGAGCAACAACGACACCGGCGCUCAGAAUGCAGCGCAUUUAUGGCACAACCCGACGCGGCUCAGGCCACCAUAGGACGAUGCCCAGCCGAUUCAACUAAAGUUACCUUGACGAAGGCUGUAAACGGUACGGUAGGAAAGUAUUUUACGGUCGCGCGACUAACAAUGCGUUAAAUAGGCAGGCACUACUUAAGCAAACGAACAAACAAACUAAAACUAGAGAGAGAGAGAGAGAGAGAGAAAAAGAAAAGAAAGGAAAAGAAAAAAGAAACGAUCGGUGGAAGGAUCGUCGACGAAACUCGGUCAGUGUGCUCUAGUGUCAUUUAAAGGGGGAGGACGAUGCGGUGUCGUGUCCCGUGAACUCCUGCCACGUUAGAGGCGAUCCAAACGUUAACCGACGUUCUAGGCGAGUUAACGAACGAGAAGAACGGACACUUCCAUAGAUACGAUAGAUAAAUAUAGUUCCAAGGAGAAUGAGACGGAGGUGAACAAACAAUAUAAAGAAGAAGGAAGAAACGAGAAAUACCUCUUUGUACGCGCUGAGGACCUGGGCGAAGGCGAAACGAAAGCAAAGCGUGUUCUCUCCGCCAGGCCAGCCAUAACCGUAAGUUUUACCUAUGCGAUCACACAAUUGGUGCGGAACGCGUGCAUCGGAAGGUGAUAACGAUCCUCGAGAUACCUCUGUCGUGUUUGUUGCUGACAGAUUCGAGAGAAAUAGAUAAAUAAAUGAAUAAGGAAAUAGAGCGGGGAUGGUAAACGGGAAUGAGAAUUCUAGUUUUUCUUUUUUUUUUUUUUUUGAGAAAAUGAAACCUAGAGGCCGAGUAACGAGGACAGAGGUGUCUGGGCGGACGUUGCACUUCGCAGCCGUGGUCGAGGCUCUGUUCAACGAGGAGACAGGGUAACGGAAGUCCUCCAAUUCGUGUCAAACGUGGGACGGACGAAACAGUCGCGACAGUUCAGCGACGGCAGCGGUCAACAGAGAUCGGUUGGAUUGUCGAUGGGAUAAUAAUCGAACGUGCAAGCUUUCGCGUCUGUUUUAUUUAUCAUUUUCGCGUGCUCGAUUGACGAGAAAGAGAGAGAGAAAGAGAGAGAGAGAGACGCGUACAAAAACGUCAUCGACGAAUCAAAUGGCCUAUAGGAAAGCUCUUACACGAGCGACACACUUGAAUGGUGUUUCCAAAUAUAUUUCCUUUAUCUUGUUUCCUGUUUUUCUUUGUUGUUUUUUUCUUUUCUCAUUCUUGAAACUAGCAAACUAGCAGAGGUGAAAACCUUCAAACUGGACGAAUUUAGGAAUUUAGCGCGUUGAACGAUCGUUCGAUCGGUUUUCGAUGUACCUACUAUGGCUACUAUGCACGUGAAAUGUUCCCAAGAUUGUGCCACAAGACAUUAACUGUUACCUGUUGCCUCUUUGUCGAUUUCUUCAAAUCGAUUUUAAUCGUCUUUCUUUGCUACUCUACUUUUCAUUAUUUUUUUGUUUUUUUCUUUUUUUUUCGUUUACAGACGAGAUCGGCUUGCGAAUCGAAUCGUUUAAUCUACCAAGUAGGAGAGUCUUCUCUUUCAAGUGUUUUUUUCUUUCUUUUUAACGAGAUUAAUUAUGAUUCGAGUAAAUUAUUGAAGAAAAAAAGAAAGAAAGAAAGAUUCGAAUUACAAUCGGCAAAGCACGUAACCUAAUGAUAACGUGAAACUUAGUGUCAAAAAUCUCGAUGAUCUCUCCGUUUCUACAAACGCACAAAGCGGCGACGAUGUUGCAGAACGGUUCGCGAGCGGAUCCCCGUCGUUCUAAAAUUAACAAUACGACUUGUUGCACGUUCGCUCUUGUUCUACUUAGUUUUAAAGUUAUAUUUAGCGUAUUCAAACUGUCGAUAAGUAAAGCGAUCACUUGUCAAGAAAAAAAGCGUUCGUAGAUUUGUUGAUCCUUCCCAAGAAUUUUUGUUACCUCUGUUACUUAAUAUAUAUAUAAUAUAUAUAUAUAUAUUAACUAUAUUUGUCAAAAUAAAUUUUAAUAUAUAUUAUAUAUAUAUACAUAUUAUACAUAUGUAUAAACAGAUCGAUGUAAUUUGAAGAUGAUUCGUAGCCGUAGGCGAGAUAUAUAGUUCUCUAUAGAAGAAAAAAAUAAGAGAAAGAGAGAGAGAGAGAGAGACAUGUUGUUCAAGUUUCACUUCGGCCGACGAUCGAUCGUUGCGAUCGCGAUCGAACUGUAACAUAAAUUAUACAUACAGCCGUGAGUACAUUAUACAUACAUACGCGCCGAUACGCAAACACGUGGUAGAGAGCGUUUAUUUAAGUGAACAAACGAAAAAGAGAGAGAGAGAGAGAGAGAAAGAGAUGGAUUAUUAUUAUUCAACUAACAAUGAUCAGGUUAGAUCACCACUCUAUACGUGUACAUAAUCCGUGUACAUUGUCUGUACAUAAUUCUAAACGUCAGUGUCUGUAUGUACAAUUCGAAUGGAUUUUAACGCAAAAGAAAAAAAAAUACGUAGGCUAGGUUUUAGGUUGUUUUAGGAGGGAUCUAUAUUAUAAAUAAAGUAUAUAUACUUGGCUUGAUUUUCUACCUUACUAGGGACUACGAGGCGAGACUCUUGAGCCAAUUGACGAGGUGAGUCGAUCGGACGAAGAUCGUCGCGAAAUUUCUGUCCAUCGUUCUUCAAAGCAGUUUGACGAUGUUCCUGUAUGUAAGGUGCCUUAAACAAUUACGUUAACUGUAUAAUAUAAAUUGUUACCGAUAUAUUGGUGUUGACGAUACGUUGUUUCUCUAAUUAUUUCUAUAUUGUUUCUAUUUCGAUAGUUUGUUCGACAGCUAGUACAAAUGUAGUUUAAUUGUAGAGUAAUUAUGUUGGCGAUUAUUUAGAGAUUUAGUUGAUAUUUACGUUGUCGUUGUCGUUCACUUGCGAUGAAAGUGAUACAACUCGAAUAGAGGAGGAGCAGAAUUGAUCGAUUUAUCCCGUUUUACGAACGAACAACGCAAUUCAAACUCAUACAAUUCAUUUUUGUCAUCUCGUCAGCGUAAUUCAUAAUAAGACGCGUUUAUAAAAUGCAGCAUAAAGUAUCGUAUAAAUUGAAGAGACGGUUGCAGUAAAGAGACAGCUUCACUUUUGUAUAAUUUUCAAAUCAAACCAACUGCUGUCUUAAAUUGUGCUGUAAAUUGAAAAAUUGCAAUAACUUAUUUAACACCUUUGUGGAUAUAUCCUUUUAAUGAAAUGUGUAACAAAAAAAAGUGUGAAAAAUGGAACUGUCGCCUUCUUUCGGCAAACACUUUGAUUUCUUUUCGUUAGUGAAAUUAUAAAGAUAAUGGACGAGCAAGAUUUUCACAAAUUAGUUUUAAAAAAAUAUCUCUGUAUCUGCAGCGUUCUCGUAGCGAUAACUCGGAAACUACAUUUCUCUUUUUCUUUUUUUUUUUUUUUUUUUAAUUGUAUCAUUCUCGUUGCAAGUGAAUACGGUGUGUGAAAUUCAGCCUGAACGGUAGAAAUUCAACGCCGCUUGUUUUUUAGUUACGUCGUAUCACGCUGUUUGUGCUUGUUUCCCAUGUAUGUACAGGAACAUCGUAUCCGACGAAAUUUCACGAGCGAAAAUAUCAUACGAGAAACAAGAGGCAAGGAUACACGGUGACGUUCACCCGAGCGUGUUUCACGACAGAUUGCCUCGAUAGAUUGUCGUCUCAAGUUUGUCCGCCGAUUGUAGCUGCUCUAACUCUACCUUAAAGAUAUUGUUAUUGUUAACACUCUUCUUCUUAUUAACUUUUACCAUUAAAAGGAAUUAAGCGAAAGAAAAAAAAAAAUCACGAUAUACAUUUUAACUUUUUAAACUUUUCACGUGUAAAAAGGGGGAGAGAAAGAAGUAAGCGAGAGAAAAAAAGAAAUGGGAGACGCGAGUGACUGUGGAUGCUUUCAAAAGAAUCUGUCAGAUUACAAAAAAGAAAAAAAGAAAAGAAAAGAAAAAGGAAACGAGAGGGGAGAAAGAAAUGGCUUUAAAUUUUCCAGCGUUGUUUCCUUUUCUUUUCUUUUUUUUUUUUUUCUCUUUCUUUCAUAAGUCUGAAAAAUAGCGAAGAAUGUCGUAAUGUUGCGAGAAAGAGAGAGAAAGAAAGAAAGUGUGAGAGAGAAAAGAAACACACAUAGUUCUGAUUGGCGUCCGGCGUUCGAGGAGAUUCGUCGAGUUUUAAGCUUACGAGAGAAUCGCCUGUCUUUUAUGCGUGUGUGUCUUGUGUUUCUUCCACCUGUUUCCCCUUUCCAACCCUUUUCAACUCCCUGAUUCACCGAUGAAAAAGAAAAAAAAAAAAGAAGAAAAUCAAAUAACGUGGAAAGAAAAUGUGUAAAACGCGCUGUUCAAAACAGCAAACGUUCCGGCCACGCACCAUUCGUUCAUUUACAGACAAGAAUUGCGUAUCGAUAGAAAAAGAGGAGAAGAUAAAAAAGAAGGCGUAUGGCCAAGGGCACCGUUCUGUUUAAAAAAAAGCAAAAAGGAAAAACGAAACUCGUUCUCUUGAAGAGAGAAAAUCGCACACAAACAAGUAAUCGAUCCUUGUUUCCUAGGUCCACCCAAUAUCGUUUCACGAGCACGCAACGAACGACAGUCUUGAGUUUCUCGAGAGAAAUAUUUUUAUCGCAGCGUUGUGGAUCACGUUCAAUUAAAUCAAUCAAAUAAAUUAGUAAACGGCGGAUAAGAUCGACAACAGUGUAUUUAUCGUUCGAACGUUCGACGCGUGCGUUUAUUUUUAUUGAAUCAACAGAUACUUACGGCCCAUGGGUAUACUUCUUUUACGAGAUCAUAGAAGAACACAGAUUUUGUAAACUCUGAGUGAACGGCCUCCAGCAAAGAGAAGAGAAAACGAGAGAGAGAGAGAGAGAGAGAGAAAAAGAGAGAGAAAUCUAAUAAGAAGCGUAAUCCUAGAAAUCUAUAAUUAACUAAUACUAACUAAGAUCCUAGACGAUUCGAGUCUUAUAAAAAAUAAGUUCAUUUAAGGUGUAAAACUAUUAUAUGAGAUUCCGACCACUGGCUCGGUGUGUAAGUCGUGAACGCAAAACAAAAAUUAGCAGACAUAUCAUUUAAGACAAUACACUUGUUACAGAAACUACGUUUCUACUAAUGUAAUUCUUAUUGUACGUAAUCUAACUCUUAAUCAGACUUUAGAGAGAUUCGAGGUGAAGCACGUUUGAGACGUAGUUAGUAAUUUAAAAAAAGAAGGAAAGAGAGAAAGAGAGAGACAGAAGUGAAGAAGAGGGAAACGAGGAGAGUGUGAAAUGAGAAAGUGUGUUCGAACAAUUACGUAGCGUUGAGAUCAGAUUCAAAGAACACAAUUGUUGAUUAUUGAAGCACAACCGAAUACGAUAUUUCGAUGAUUUCGUAGUUGAAUAAUUCUUGUCGUAGGAAGGAAAAGAGUAACCGCGUACUUAAAGUUUAGUUAGCCUUUGGAAACUAAUCUUUCUCGAGUGAAAUUAUGUGCACUUAAGUGAGGUACUUAUUCUUCGUUGGCGGCACACUCUGCAUUUGUUUAGCGUAAACAUGCGCGAGAGGCGAUUCUGGAGGCUGAUUACUCAGAACUUCGAGAGAGAAAAAAGGUACGAUUUAAAAGAAAAAAAAAAAAAAAAAAAAAAAAACGAAGCAAUGAAACAGUAACGAAGACAUGCAUGAAUUGUACAAACGAGUCCCUCCACGUCACAGAAAAAAAAAGAAUGAUAUAUAUAUACAUAUAUAUAUAUAUAUCUAUACGGAGAAUAUAUAUAUAACAAAAAAAAAUGAUAAAUAUGUGAUGUAUUUAAAUGAUAUGUGGUAUAUGGUAUUAAAUAUUUGUACAUAGGCGGACCCGUGCCAUGAACUAGUGAGUUGUACCGAUAUUGUACUGCCAUUAGUCGAGUUAGCAGAUAACAUCGAGUGAAUUGCAGAUAGGUUAACGACGAAACGGAUUACCGUUCGUCGAAUUGAAAUUUUUGUUCCCCCCUUCACCCUCCCCCCUCCGUUCCGGCGAGAGCGGACUCGAAAUUCGAUAGAGAUUAACUUUAAUUCCGUUUGACCGUACCGGGCCGAGUGAAAUUGAUUUCUAACGAGAAUUUCGCUUAAUAUCGUGCCGUGAAAAAUUUAGUUCAAUUCUGAUGGAACGUGAAACGGUUUACUUUAGCACGGAGAACGUUAUCGAUUGCGUUGCAUCUAAGUCGUUCGCAAAAAAAAAAAAAAAAGAAAAAGAAAAGAAAGAAACAGAAAAAAAUAGUUCGAAUUAUUUUACGAUACGAUGAUCAAUUUUGAUGCUUCGAGGCAUCGAGAAGCACGAGAUUAUUUAACGAUACGUUCAUAUAUUUAAAUAAUUAAUUUAAUUGAGUUCGAAUCGUUGAGCGAGUCAAAGGCAACGUAGUGUCUUCGAUUCCGUCGUCACCGUCGUUCAUUUCUACGAACUUCGUCGUUCUUCUGAUUAGUCGAUUAUUUUGAUUCAGUUAACUUGUUAACACACGCCGUAACUCGUACAUUUUUGCGAAAAGUACAUUUGAACAUACGGUCUCACAUAAAUCGGAUCGAAAGCAUGACGUUUGCGAAAUAUAUAUAUAUUGGUACAACUCGGCGAAGAAAGUGUAGCGUGGUUAUACACCUGAGGAAUGUGCUCAAAAUACUGUAUUAAAGAGAAAAAAAAAAAAAGUCUACUAAAUGAUCAUCAACGUUUAUGCAAAGAAAAAAAAAAACCUACUCUUAAACAAGUGAAAAGUUAUUUAUUGGAUUAUAUUGAUAAUCGUAAUCUAUUGUCCUCUUACCUAAUUACCUACUUUAAUAUCUAUCUCUAUACGCCAGCAUGGUUCUUUAUACUCUUCUAUUUGAUGUUAAUAACUAUUCUCUAUUAUAACUUUUACUACGACGGACAAACCAAAAAGCAAAACAAAACAAAAAAAAAUGAAAAAAAAAAAACAAAAUGUAUUGUUAAUAGUGUUUUUAAAUGUAUUCGAAGCAUGGUCAGCUGUAGGUGAGCCACGGAUACGUAAUGUCGCGUUUCACAUGAUGAGGACUGGUCGAUUCGAUUCGAAAUACACACGAACAAAAACCAAA